UGCUUCAAUAAUUUUUGUUUACGUGUAUGUUAUUAGGUUAAAAUUUUAAAUCAAUUAUUUAUUUAAAGGCUAAUUUAAGUUUUAUAGUGGAAAAAUAUAAUGAAUUUUCUAAAAAAGUUCCAGCCUAGUAUAGAAACACUCAAACAGUUAGAUGCAUAUUCAAAGCCCAUUGAGGAUUUUAGGGUUAAAACUGUUUCUGGAGGGACAGCCUCGAUUCUUUGUUGGCUGGUGAUUGCAAUAUUGCUGAGUAAGCGUGUCUAUGAAUUUGCAUUCAACACAGAAACAGUGGAGAUGAUAGUAGUUGAUACUUCUAGUGGAAGCAAACUGCAGAUUAACAUAGAUAUUGUGGUACCAGCUGUGUCGUGUGAUUACCUUGCCCUUGAUGCAAUGGACUCUUCUGGCGAACAGCAUUUACAUAUUGAACAUAGUAUAUUCAAACGACGUUUAGAUCUUGCUGGAAACCCCAUUGAAGAUCCCAAGAAGGAAGAGAAACUUGGGACGCAUAAAUCACAGAAUGAUACCGCAAUUGCUUUGCCCAAGUGUGGAAGCUGUUAUGGUGCUGAAAAUCCAGAAAGAAAUAUUACUUGCUGUAACACGUGCGAAGAUGUGAAGAAAGCGUAUGAACUGAAGAGAUGGUCUCUAGUAGAGAUUGAUAAAGUAGAGCAAUGUAGGUCUACUCAAGAUGCAGAGAAGGUAGCUCGGGCUCUCAAGGAAGGCUGUCAAAUAUAUGGGUAUCUGGAGGUUAAUCGGGUGGGAGGAAGUUUUCAUGUGGCUCCAGGACAAAGUUUUUCAGUGAAUCACGUACAUGUGCACGAUGUCCAACCGUUUUCAUCGUCUGCAUUCAACACAUCACACAUCAUUCGUCAUUUAUCCUUCGGCAAAACCAAACUGGCCGGAGUCAACCCGCUGGACAACUCGCGGUCGAUAGCAACCGAAGGUGCUGUCAUGUACCAGUACUACAUCAAGAUUGUCCCGACGAAAAGGUUUCAUAAAGAUGGCAUGGUUUUGUAUUCCAAUCAAUUUUCUGUGACAAAACAUUCUAAGGUCGUGUCUCCAGGCAGUGGUGAUUCAGGAAUGCCUGGAAUAUUUUUUAGCUACGAACUUUCAGCCCUCAUGGUGAAAAUAUCUGACAAAGUUAUCCCCUGGAGUCACUUUCUCAACGACUGCUGUAGUUGUAUUGGAGGAGUCUUCAUCGUCUUUAUGCUGCUUGAUUCAUUUUUCUAUAGAUCUGUUGUUUUAUGGAAAAAAAUGGAAAUAGGAAAAGCACAUUGAAAACAUUGAAACUCAAAGCGAAAAAAAAGACUACCGGUACUGAUUUAUUUAAGGGGAGUGGCAAUCUGGAGCGUUACAGUACAUUCUAGCUCGAUAAAACAUACACACUGUUGAUAACCAUAUUUUUACUAGUUGUAUAUUUUAUUCCUAUGUUACUUUUAUAUUUGUGUGUAUGUGUAGGCCAAUUUAGAUAGUUUUGUUCUUUGAAGCUAAAUGUGUAAAAAUACACAUAAGGAGUUUUUUUUAAUGCGUUCAGCAUACCGAGCAGAUUAAUGUUCAGAGAAAGACCUUUUGUCUAUCCAUAAGCCCCUAGACACUAAUUACCUCGGAUAACUUAGCUGAACUUAAUCGUUUUCAAAAAAUCAGCCAGUUGGCUUUCCCCAAAAUAUAGUUUUGAAGUUAAACUAUUUUCGUAUUUUGUACUCAAAUUAGGUUUAAAAUGAUCUAAUAUCUACAAAUUAGGAUACAAAAACAUUUGUUUAGUACUUUUACAAAGAUUAAGGACCCAAAGUAGGUUUGCUUUGAAAAUAUAACCACAGUAUAGCUUUGCUUGGUGUAUUUAUCUCAAAAUAUCUUAUAAAACAUCCCCUAUUCUACCAACUGGUAUUAUGUGCUCUAGUAUACUGUGCCAAGUUGAGAAGUAUUAUCAAUUCCCAUAAAAAAAAACAGGUGAUGUUUAACUAUUUGUUACUUUCAGGAUAUCUAAAGGGUGAAAAAAACACAUUUUCUCUGUAAUUCUUUCAACUUGAAUCUUUUCAAUGUGUUUGAAACCAUUCUUUGUUCCGAACUAAUUGCAUCUGAAUAUGUACUUCAGUUUAUGAAGUCUAGUGUGGUUACAGUAUUGUUACAAUUAGGUACAGUAAACUCCUGAUUAUUUACGGGUGGAUUACGCUGCAAAUUAACUAUGAUCGUUAAAAAAUAAAAAAAUAUAAUGCAAGUUAACUCUACGUUAUACGACGACCAGAUCUUUAGCGUGAGCAGGCACAUCUUUUUUUGGGUAGACUAUAGAGUUGUCGUUGUUUACUUCACGGACCACCAAUCACAAGUUAAUUAAUAAGUUACAUUUUUUUGUGUGUUCUAAUUUAUCUUUUUACUGGGCCUAUUUAUUAGCUCUCCAAUGUUUUUGGUUUGUAGAUAUGAGUGAAACAAAGAUGAAAGGUUCCUUCACUGUAUUUAAAAAGACGUAUAUUUAACUAAACCUUUAUUAAAGCUUUACUACAUAUUUAAAGUCGAUCUUAGUUAUUUCCCAGGCAUUUGAGGUCAGGUUGCAUUAUCCACGAUCACUUACUCACUCAUUAUUGUGGAUAAUAAGGAAUCUACUGUAGUUUGCUUCUAACGUCCAAAUACAGUUUACUCCCUUUUAGAUUUGUAUGGCUUUUAGGGCGACCUGGGUAAUCCUCGCCCAAUUUCCUCGGACCUAUAAGAGUCACUUAAGGUUUUUUGAUUUUAGGUAUUUUGAUUUUCUUAACUUUUUCCUUAACUUCUAUGAUGGUGCAGCUUUUUUAACCCUUUGAGUGCCACCGCGUCUCGCUCCGAGACGCACCAUUGUCGUAGCUUGAGUGCCGAGCGUCUCGUAGCGAGACGGUCAAGGUUGCGCGAGAAAUGCCAGCGUCUCGUGCAUUUCUCUUUAAGUUUAAGUUUAAAAUUUAGGCCAAAAAUGUUAAUAAAUAAGUAUUUUAUGACAAUUUUCAUAAACACUUGCAUUUAUGUGAAAAAUGGUCGGCAAUCCUAGAAGCAACACCACAUGUAGGCCUGGCAAACCUCAAAUACAAUUGUUUCACCUGCUCGAGGCACUCAAAGGGUUAAAAACUUGGUUCCAAGGUGUCCAAAGAGAGGUGGUUUACCACAGUGGUAGCAGUCACAUUAUAUCUACCCUUGUUUUACUGAAAUAAUAAAAUUAUCGCUUAUAAGCCUUACAACUAUCACUCAUUAUUAUUUCCCUGGCAGUAUGAAGACGUCUGAGCCAGAAAAAAAUUAUCUCUUUGUAAUGAUGUAUUUGAUAUUGAUUCUUAAAAACAAAUGCUAGAACAUGUUAUAAAAGACAAUGAAAUUCUACAUUUAAAAAAUAGUUCUUUCUUCAUUGUAUUUGUGAAUUAGCCUGUAGUAGUAAAUACUCCAAUAAUUGUUGACUUUUUGUGACAUUUCACUUUGGAGUCAUAAAACCAGUGUAAAAUCAUAAUAUAUUGUUUUCUCCAUCACAAUUGAUCUUUGUACACGUCUGAGUUGAUUUGAUAUGACUUAUUGUGUUUUAAAAUAAAAACAUCUGAAAUUAUUAU